UGAACCAGAUCAUUCCGAUACAUUUGCUGAGAUGAGAGCAGGAUCGCAGUCCGAGUGAUCCUCGCUGGGCCGAAUGCCGACGAGAAGAAGCCAUGUGGCAAUGAAAUCUCGAGGACAGUGUAUCUGGCCCAACAAUGCGCUCUGCAGCCCAUGCGUCAGCAUCAUCUUGCACUAAGGUCGAGUCGAAUCUGAGCGCUGAUUGACCAGCAGAGGGGGUACUGUGCCCUGGGCUUCUUCAGAUCCAGGCGUUGCUCCCGACGAUCCAUGUCGUUCCAUGUCGUGAAUUGCGAGCCAUUGUCGUGAAUUGCUCGGAGCAAUUAUUCGAAAUCAACAGAUCCCAGAGCAGCGUCUAUAAGAGAGGAAGCGAGCCGACCUCAGAGCUUAAUAUGUUUUUAAGGUCGGAGGACGCCCCAUCCGCAUCCUGAUCCUCCGAUUUUCGAUAUAUCAUGCCACGCCGCAAGCGAGGUGUGUCGACUGGUCUCUUGACAAAUUGCGUGAAGAGGAAAUUGAUUUCGAAGUCCGACUGGGUUCGGUGCACAGGUGUCAAGUUGUUCAUUCAGUGCACCACCAUUCGCGCUCGCUCCCAAGCUUUGGCUCCCAGGACUCCUUGUUGGAUAGGUUCUCUCGUUGUGACAGGCUUCCACCUCACGGGCGCUCUUCAUAGGGCGCAAUGCGGCAGGAGGUUCUGGUCGUUGCUACAGUAUUACGAACACCUUUUUUGCGACGUACACACACGCAUUCGAAUACCAUCCAAAUGGUCCUAUUCUACGCCGGUCUUUGCAGGACAGAGUCCUUCGCACCGUACAAUCGCCCGACAUGCACCAGCACGACCUCUCUAGGAAUGUCCUGCCACACAACAUAAACGACUGAGAAAUCAGAAACAGGAGCGGACUGUCCCGCAGGCCUUGGGAAGUGCAUUGAGGCUGCUUUCGAUCCUGGCUUGCGUUCAGAUGCAGGUUAUCGUCGUCGACAGUGGAGAGCCGGAGAUCGGCACGUUCCUCACUCGUGUCACGCGCUAAACAAGGGGGCCGGACAGUCUGUGCAAUACGCUCACACAUCCCGCUCAGAUCAGCCCACUUCGCAGGAUCGCCGCUCCUGCGUCCUAUGAACUAUACACCGUCAUCCGAGCAAGUCUUCAUCUCUGAACGCUGCCAUAACCACAUCGACAAGUCUUGCAUGGCGGUAGCAUCAUUCGGCCGAUUCGCGACAACACCCUGAGGGCGAUGUUCCCCGUUGCUUGCAUCGUCCCAGCUCUCUGCGCGUCGUGCUAUGCCAGCCUCUACCGGGCUUCUCUCUACUAUGAUAGACAGCUACUGCCUUUCGACUUCGUUUCGCACUGUCAUAUGUACAGUAUGUUCAUUUGACAAAGGGCAUUAUUUUGAUC